CUGCCGUCGAAAUAAUUUGAACCAAUUUUGAGGGACUCGCUCCUUCUUCUUCCUCUUUCAUUCAAAACCCAAGCUGUAACGACUUGCAGACUUACCCAAACUCUUCGACUUCUCCACUUUCAUUUCCAAUUUCUCGAAACCAUCCAAAAGACUCACUUUCUCAAAAACCCCCAAAUCGAAAACCCUAGUCCUCCACCAAAUGCUAAUCCACAAUGCGGCAAACCCCAAUUCAACGCAAUGACUAACGCCAGAGCGGAGCCGAGCGGCGGCGGCGGCGGCGCCGGAGGUGAGUUCCACACGGUGCAGGCGGAGCGUGACCUAGAGUCCAAUUGGGAACUAGAUCUUGCAAAAAAGCUCGAGGAGUAUCUGAAGAAGAUUUGCUCCGGCGAAUUUUCCGUCGAAGCCAGAGCCGACGGCAAUGGGUCUGUUAAUUUCGUCGAAGCUGCUAUGCUGGUUUAUGGUUCGGUUCAGGUGUAUAGCCGGAAGGUGGAGUAUUUUCACUCUUUGGUGUUGCGAACUUUGGAGUUUCUUUCCCAGAAAAGGCAGAAUGACCAGUCAGAAGGGACAUCAGUUCAGCCUGAAGAAGGUGGGAGUUCCAAUGUGGUUGCUGAUGAAGAAAGUGAUUGGUUUUGGGGAUUAGAUGACAUUGCAGUGGAAGCAAAAUGUUUCUUAGACAAUCCUUUGGGCAGAGAAGUUACUUCAAAUCUCUUUGUGAAGCCCCCAUCAAAUCUAGUUGUCCUUGAAGGUGAUUGCUUAGAUACAACUGGAGAUUCUGGAGAACUAGAGUCAUAUCUGUUGGCCACAUGUGAUCUUUACCGGUAUUUCAUUCUCUUAGAUCCUUGUGAUGCUGUAGCAGUUGAUGAUUAUUUGGGCGCGGAUGGAGUUAGUCGAGGACAAAGUAGUGUUUAUAGGGCCUGCUCAACUCGAGAAAGCUUUCUGUCACCUUCAAGACGUUCAGGAGGGACUGCACAUAGGUCACAGAAGUUCCAGGCUAUCAAUCAGUCUCCUCUGGUUGAUUCUCACUUUGAGGUCAAUGGUUGUAAUAUUGGGCCUGACCCUCCUGGCUGCAAUACUUUUGAUGAUGGUACUCAUGGGUAUGAUAUGGGUGAUAGAUACUCAGAGCCUGGGGACUUGGAUGAUGAGGACGAUGAUCCUUGGAAGCCUCUGAAUCCGCAUGAACCUGGGAAUUUGAAAGUAAAACCUUUUCAGAAAGUCAAAGCUUUUAUGAGGAAAGGGAUACAAUCUUCAAAGCAGGCAUCUAUGGCUGCAAUGUUUCCACCAGCGAAGUUGCAUGGUCCUAUUAGUCCAGAACUCAUGGAAAUAUGGGAGAUACGACAUCAGGCUGAAGAACAGCAAAGGGGGUCCCAAUCUCCUCCACUAUUUGAGAAGCUGCGACAAUCGCUUAUUGAUGGAACACAUGAAACCUUUGAUGGCUCUUCUAAUCCAGUGAAUGACAAUGCUGAAUCCGAUAAUGAUGUUGGGGGUUUUAGGGAACCAAAUGCUGUACCGCCUCAGAAUAAUGAGCAUGAUGAUGGUUGUCCUCAAUUUGGCCCCGAUGAAGCUUUUGGAUAUGAAGAUCCAAAUCCUCAUGCAAGCUUGGAAGAGUUAUGUCGCUCUCACCUAGACACUCUUCUUGCUAGCAUAGCUGAAAAUGAGAAGCAAACUGAACUCGCUGCUCGUGUUUCAUCAUGGAAACAGAAAAUUGAGCACAAUCUGGAAGAGCAAGAAUCACACCCUCCUUUUGACAUUCAAGACUAUGGUGAAAGAAUUAUUGAUAGAAUAUCCGUUGAACCAGAAGAUAGAAAUGUGUUGCCAUUUUCUGAGGUCGUCAAAGGUCAGGGAAAGUAUGAUGUUGCCAGGAGCUUUUCUGCACUAUUGCAACUGGUUAACAACGAAAAUGUUGAGUUGGAUAGGAGUGCAGUUGAUGGUGGUCAGCCUGUUUGUUUCACAGCUGCCAAUCCUUUCCAUGUUCGGCUCCUAAGACAUGACAGGAGAAGAGUGGAAACUGGAUUUUGGGUGUCAAGAAAGAGAGUUAGAUCUCCAUUGAGGAAAGCAUGUAGAAAAGUUGAUAGCAACAAGAAUGAAACUGAGAAAUCACCCCUCGUCAAGUCAUCAUCAAAGAUUAGUAAAUCAAUAAAAACAUCUACACCAACAAACUGCAAGUUAUCUGCCGGAAAGAAUGGCGGCACAGGGCGCAGUCCUGAUGCUAAGAGGAGAAGAAGCUCUCGAUUUGUUGAACCACUUGGUGACCUACAUUCUCCAGGGUGACAUAAAUGUCAUGCACGAGGUUUGAGUCUUUUGAUCGAGGCCAUUUAACACUUUGCUGGACGGCUCAAAGCAGGGUAAGAACAAUCCUUGUCAGUGCAGUUGUAGUUUACUGACCUGAAUGAUAGGAAGCUGUAAUAUUUAUGUUAUCAACCUGAUGUACACAUUAGUAGACAGUAGUGAACAAAUUGUAGAUGUAUCAUUCAUGGACAGGAAAAAACAAAUCUUGCUUUGGGGGCAAACUCAAAAAUGCCAACGUGCCAUUUUCUGUAUAGUCAACAAUUGAUUGAUCUGCACACUUGAAUUCAACAAAAACAAUAAUGCCCUUUUUCUGAUAAGCUCGUCAUAGUUUGCAACCUGGAGUGAGUUAGCUCGAUGGAGUCAUGAAGAUACAAGUCUUUUCGACUUGAAAGCAACAUGCGAUCUAAAAUGCCGACGCUAACAACUGAAUAGGCACGAAAAUAAAUCGUGAGUUCAUAAUCAUAUGAUAAGAUUUACCUUGGUUCAUCGGAUCGUAUUUCAGUUUUGGACCAAGCACUGCCACAAACAACUUGGAAUAGAAAACCAAGCAAGUAGAAAAUCCCUUGGCAUUAGUCAAAGAAAGUGAAGUUAUUGGAAUUUCGUGGUGCGAAAUUGCGGUUCCUAUUAAAUUUUGUGAUAUUAGUGUGAAGACCUAAUGUAGCACGUAAUGCGGUUACCUGUCUGAACACCAAGAAAAUAUUGUGCGUCUUCGACGCAAAAGCAUAAAGGCUUAGCUCAAGGCCUCAAGUUAUGACCCCGAGUCCUCUUCACAAUUUCGUUAAGUCUAGCAAUCAAACGCAUGACUCAGAUUUCAGUAGAUAAUGAUAAAGAGUGUGGGAAAAGGGACUUUUUUAACUCCGAAACUUACGGAGAAAGAAUUAUGAUCGUGACAGUUUAACUAUAAAGUAAUAUUCCUUCCAAAUUUCUUGAAUUUU